CAAAACACUUUGUACUUGUAUACACUUAUCGCUAUCAAUUACUUUAUCUGAAUGACAAGCAAAAAAUUACGAAAUAUACGCACACGCACAUUUACAUAAAGUAUAUAAUUCUGUGCCAACAGAUAUUACGACAGUAUAUUUAGGCAUAGAGGUGAAUAUUACACGAGUUGAAAAUGAGUUUCGUUAACAAAGUGGUGAUUGUGACCGGGUCCAGCUCCGGUAUCGGGGCCGCGGCGGCACUCGCGUUUGCUAAAGAGGGCGCUAAUGUCGUAAUAGUGGGACGCAAUGAAGAGAAAAUGAAAAAUGUAAGCGAUAAAUGUGAAAGUUUUGGGAAGAAACCACUGGUUGUUAAAGCAGACGUAUCAAAAGACGAUGAAGCUAAGAAUAUAAUAGAUGCAACGAUAAAUAGAUUUGGGAAACUGGAUGUGUUAGUUAACAAUGCCGGUAUGUUUGUACCCAACGAUAUUACAAGUGACAAUUUCAUGGAUGGAUACGAUCGCGUUAUGAACAUAAACUUACGAGCUCCAGUUUACUUAACACAUUUGGCGAUACCACAUCUUAUUACAACUAAAGGGAAUAUUGUCAACAUAUCAAGCAUAGCUGCAACUUCCACAUCUCUUGCUUCAACUAUUUUAUCAUAUUAUAUAUCUAAGGCUGGACUGAAUCAUUUUUCUCGUGGCGUCGCACUAAAACUUGCCGAGAACGGCGUCCGUGUUAACAUCGUCAGCCCGGGGCCGGUGCGCACUGAUAUUUUGGACAAUUCAUCAGGGUCUAUAAAUUGGGAUAGCUUUGCAGAAUCUACUCCUUUAAAACGUGUCGGUGAACCUCAAGAGAUCGCUGAUCUGAUCCUAUUCUUAGCUAGCGAUAAAGCAAAAGGUAUCACGGGAUCCGAAUUCGUAUCAGAUAACGGUUCUUUACUUGUACAAUAAAGUAAGUCAAAUAAAUGUGAUUAUUGUUCGUAUACUUUUAAUUCAUUGAACGCGUUUGCAAGAUUAUAAUAAAAAAUUUAAAUGAACUCGCGCUGUUUUAAUGAACACAUUAUAUGUUCUAAAAUAAAUUAUCAGAGUCGAUUGGCGAUUAUUUACGCUGUUUCAAGGACAUCAAGAAGUCUAUAAAUAGAUACUAACUAAACCGGAGAAUAUUUUUUUAACAUGUAAGCGUCGUGAAGCGUUACGUUAUUGUCGCGAUUGUCGCAUAUAUGUUGUGAUUGAGGUUAGGUUAAACUAUUAAGUAUUUCGCCACUUUAGAAUAAGUUGGUUGCUUUUGUCCGUUUAUAUUAUUGUCUCUUUCUUAAGAGACACUACUUCUUGAUUUUGUAAUAGAGUUUUGUUAGAGAAUGUCCAAGUAAUUCUAUAAUUUAUUCUGUCGACCAUUUUUGAUUGCUAUUGCAUUUACGGCAGGCGCUUUGAUUGCUAAAUAUAAAAACAAAAUUUCUACUUAAUUGUAAUUUAUAUCUGUUGAGUUUCAUAUUUAUUCAUUUUUGUUAUUAAUAUAACAUUGUAUCAGAUGACGUUAGUUUGAAAAAAACGUUGAAUAAUAAAAGCAAUAUACAGUA